UGAGGCAAGUCUCGCGAUAUUUGUUGCCGCCGGUGGGCGCGAGCCGCGGCUUGGUUCUGGCGGGCCCUUUUAGCUCUGUUUGUCGCCUGCGCCGCAUCAUUGCCUGGAACCACUGGGCCUAGUAGCAUGACGUCUGCCUUGGAGAACUACAUCAACCGAACUGUUGCUGUUAUUACUUCUGAUGGGAGAAUGAUUGUGGGAACACUGAAAGGUUUUGACCAAACCAUUAAUUUGAUUUUGGAUGAGAGCCAUGAACGAGUAUUUAGCUCUUCACAGGGAGUAGAGCAAGUAGUACUAGGACUAUACAUUGUAAGAGGUGACAAUGUUGCUGUCAUUGGAGAAAUUGAUGAAGAGACAGAUUCUGCGCUUGACUUGGGGAAUAUACGAGCAGAACCUCUAAAUUCUGUAGCACACUGAGGAAAAACUACGUAUAUUGGACAUCUAAAUCUUGUACAGAAACCAGUUAUUCUGAGGAAGAUGUUUGGAAUUUUUAGAAACAUGUAAUUGUGAAUUUUGACUUCAUAUUGAUUCAGUGUAAUAUGUAAAUUAAAAUAUUUCUACAUUUUUAUUGAAAAAAUAUUUUGCCUAAAUUAUAAGUGUGGUGGCUUGGUUUUAUUUUUCUCUUAAAUGAUGUGGAAAUCUAUUGAUUCUGAAAACGUAGAAAAAAUCAGUACUCUGAUAUUUUAAUAUUUAUGAAAAACUAAUUGAAAAGAGAAA